UUCUCCACCGACCAGGACCUCGUGGACUUAUCAAAUUGGAAAUUUUUCACGGUUCUGGCUUCAGUCUGUUCAGCCAGCUUCCUUGGCGGCUAUGAUGGGACGUGUGUUGGAACCCUUUCGCCGAUUAUUACCGAUGAAUCCAAUGCUUUAAAUGAUGUGAGCUGGUAUGGUAUUGCAUACAAGCUUUAUGCAUUCUAUUCGACGAGCACCAUCUUUGUAAUUUCCCUCGUGACGUUUGUCAUAGGAUCUAUUCUGUGUGCCACGGCACAAUCCUCAAUGACUUUCAUUAUCGGUCGAACAGUUGCCGGUCUCGGUAAUGCUGGCAUCCUUUCUGGAUGUAAUAUAACCUUGGUUCGAAUUACGCCUUUGCAUCGCCACCCCUUCUAUGAAGGUCUCGUUGGAGGUGUUGAGUACAUCGCACUCGCCACUGCUCCCUUGAUUGCAGGGGCCAUCGCUGCUUAUUCGUCCUGGCGCAUCUGUUUUUAUAUCAGUAUUCCACUGGGCGUGGUACCGAUCUUCACCGUUCUGGCUUGCCUGCGACUUCUCAAGACUGAGGAUCAAUCCAAUCAAUCCAAUACCCGCUCUACGUGGGGUAAAUUGCGUCAAUUAGACCUUGUUGUGUGGGGUGGUGAUCGAUAUGCUUGGAGCAGUAAAGAAGUACUUCCUCUACUCGUGGUGACAGGGACUCUGUGUCUAGUGUUUGCACUUCAGCAAUACUAUAUAGGAGACCAGGCGACGCUGCCACUUCGGCUGCUGCGAUCACGUAUCCUGCUUUUCAAUGUCUUAGUGAUCUUUUCCACUGCCGGGGCACUGUAUCUUUUUACAUAUUAUCUCCCGCUCUAUUACCAAGCUUUGCGUGAAGUUGCCACUAUGCAGUCCGGCCUGCUCGACCUUUCCCGCAUCCUGGGGCUGGCGAUUGCUAUCGUUUUAGGUGGCAUCCUCGUAACUAAGAUCGGGUACUAUCUCCCUUUCAUGGUCACUGGGGGUGCUCUUAUGUCCCUUGGUGCUGGUCUUACAGCAACUUUUACCCCAUAUACUCCUCUCUCCCAUAUCAUCAGCUAUCAGGCCCUAUUCGGCCUUGGAUGCGGCCUUCUUUUCCAGCAGCCCUAUACGGCAAUACAUGCCUACUUCCCGGCCCCCGACAUAACCCCGGUCAUCGUUAUUUUAACCUUCGCGCAAUUUCUGGGUGCCGUUGUGACGCUGUCUAUCUCGCAAAAUGUGUUUCUAAAUCAGCUUUCUCGAGGGCUCGCAACUGUGGUGCCAGGUCUAGAUGUGACCAGUAUAUUACAGUCCGGAGCAACAAACCUCAAGGACCAGGUUCCUGCUCGUAAGUUGGAACUCGCGUUGGAAGCAUACAAUACGGCUUUGGUGCAUGUAUUCUGGGUUGGCCUGGGUGCAGCAUGUGUUUCAAUCGUCACGGGGCUGGGGUGCGGGUGGCUGACUGUUAAUGGAGGAUCGAAUAAUGUAGGGGAAGACAGCAGCAAGGUGAAGAGCAAGAAAAGUAGAGAAAGGUAA